CCCAGAAAUCCUGCUCCCCCCCGCCCUCCAACCACCAGAACCCAGGUGUCCUGCCCCACUCCCAACACCAGAGCCCCUCCUCCCAGGUGUCCUGCCCCACUCCCAACACCAGAGCCCCUCCUCCCAAAAGUCCUGCUUCCCCCACAACUGCCAGAAUCCAGGAGUCCUUACCCUGCCCCUAAAACCUAGGAGUCCUUGACCCCACCCCCAACUGCCAGAACUCCAGAGUCCCAGCCCCUCCCACCAACACCAGAGCCCCUCCUCCCAGGAGUCCUGUUCCCCCCGCCCACCCAAUUGCCAGAACCUGGGAGUCCUGUUUCCCCCACCCCAGAACCCAGGAGUCCUAGCCCCCACACACACACCAGAACCCCUCCCUGAACAAGGAAUAGAACCAGGGUCCCGCAGGGCAGAGAUCGGAACCCAGGAGUUCCGUGUCCUCCACUUCACCAGGUUCCAACACCCACUUGCUUUAGCAAGGUCACUCCAGUGAAGGCUGUUCUGAGGCAUUUUCCUGCACCAGAAAUCAACUUGGAAACAUGGUGUCUGUGCUCCUGCUAGUGUCUUACAGUCUGCACCCAUACCCAGUGCCUUGGGAGAGGCGUCCAUGAUCCUAACCACAGAAAAGCCCCAGAGUGAUCUCUUCAGCAUAAAGAAGCUUGCGGUGGCAAAACCCCUAGUGCUUUGUGGUGUAAUUCCAUGGGGCCAGUACCUACCAUGAAGAUCCUUCAUUCUACACCAAGCACUCUUGCCAUUGCCUAAGAACUAGACGUGACAAUGGAAGAGGCGACUGCUUACUUGAGAGAUGGGGUCCUAUCCCAUCUGGAAAAGCUAGAAGCUCAUGCACGGAAACUAGCACUGAAGCAAGAUGAAACUCAACGGCAGCAGGAGAAUUUGGUCAGGCUGAGAGCAAGAAUCCAGGAGCUGAGACUCCAAAGAGAUGAACUCCAGACCAAAGUGAAUCUGCAGCAAGUUAGGCUCAUCAGGCAGGAAGCCACCAGCAGUAAUGUGGAGCCCGUCCAGGCAGCGGAGACCAGAGGGCACGCUCUUCUAAAUGGAAAGUGGAAAAAUGUCAAGGCCAUGCUGCAAGCAUUUCAUCUGACAGGUCUUAGUGGGAAUUGAACCAACCAAGGAGUCUGGUUUCUGCAUCAGCACAGCUAUGAAGGCACCUACCUGGACUCCUACUACCUGGACCUCCUCAUACAGCAACCAGUCCAGAUUCGUAACCACUCUGUCCCCAUCUCAUCCCCUUGGCGGCAAAUAGCCAAGAAGUACUUGCAGACCAACAUCAAAUGCUUCCUGGCUAUGUUGUCUGAUCACCUGAAUGCUUAUGCUGGAAGGAAAUACCAGGCAGAUCAGUUACAGGACCAUUAUUCAGCCUUUCUCGAAGGAACCUUGCAGAGAAACUCGUUGCAUAAUGUACUGUUCUUUAAUUAUGAUGUGGAAACAGAAAGCAAGACCUUUCCAUUCAGAGCAAAGCUGGUUUAUGGCGAUCUCACCCGUAGUCUUCCAACUGAGGCCACUAUUACAUGUAAAGCAGGGGAUGUUUCUGACACUCUGGUAGAGAAGACAGCAGCUCAUUCAAACUUGUUCCGCCACACGGCUCUGCACAAAGCCUUCGAUUCCUUCAAAAGAGCAGCAGAAAGUCUGGAUCAGACAGCGUAAGCAGAUGGCGCCCUGUUCCCAGAUCAAAUGCACUCACUGUGCCUUCUGAUCGCUGCAAAGCUCCCUGGGAGGGUGCUGCUGUGUAAAUGCUUUUUAGACUGGACUGCAGCAGAGUUUUGGGAAAAUGCCUGCGGAAUAGCUAAACCAGUUCAUAGUACUGAGAGCACUGUCGUCUUGAGCAGCCUUUAGAUGCCUGGUCUCUGCAUAUCCUUCUAGAGCUCCUCUCCUCCGGCGUGUUGCUAAAGGGUUGCUGACAGAUUAACAUAGUUGCUACCAUGGCUCCAUAAUACUUCACCAGACUGGACAGUAGACGGACACAGGAAAUCCAUCUCUCCACUGAAAUGGGAAACCAAAAAGACUUUCAGAGCUGUCAGGUAAACGUUACAAAUGUCUUAACAAAACGUAGCUCUAGUGAAAGCUGUCAGGGGAGUGGCCUCGGGGCCUGCAAUCUUCCCUGUAUCCCUCCAGCUGGUAUCAAAUGGUGUAGAGUAAGUGUAAGCUUUCUCUAGGUUGCUUUGCAAAUGGGAUGUUUAGUUCUAGGCCUCAUGCUGCUGAGAUUAUCAACGAAGUCUCCAAUUCUGCAACUGGAUUCAUGCAGGACAACCUCCAUGACUUCCGUAGGGCUCUGUACGGGUGCAGUGUUCCUGCUGCAUAGGUCAGGCUUAUGUUAGCAGUUAGUGCUGACUGUGGUAGUGGAUUCUGUGACACGCAGUUAUCCUCCGUGAGAUGGACUAUGGGCUUGACUACACCGUGCAUUGGUACGCACUAGAGUAAACUCUAGUGUGCACUAGCUUUUACACCCCUCUGGUGUGCACUAAACCACUGCGUAAACAAGCCUGAAGAUCCUCCAAGGUGAAUACUGAACCACCAUCCUGUAAUAAUGUUUGGUUACUUCCAACAUCAACCCAAUUUAAAUCAAGUGUGCACACUUUGGUGUUAAUAUAACUGUGGUUAAAUCACCAAUGCAUUCAUUUAAAAAAAAAAAAAACUUCAGAAAAAAAUUAAAACUGACAACAGCUGUGAAAACCUGACUUUUUCCCCUGCAUUCCCAUAUUGAGCUACUUCCUUUGUGUCCUGGUUUAAGUGAGACUUUUGGCUUCCUUUUUAAAAUUCAUUAUUAAUGGCACUUUCACUUUUUAACUUUUUACUAAAUAUGCCUCAUGAUUAAAAAUGAAAUAAUCUUAACAAUCUAAUUUACUUUUCACUAUGGCGGUCGGCAAUUAUUUCUCUCAAGCCUGAUGAGUGAUAUUUGACUAGGCAAUUUUUCUUCCCAUUUGUCAUUCACCAUAGAAUCAUAGACUUUAAGGUCAGAAGUGACCAUUAUGAUCGUCUAGUCUGAUCUCCUGUACAACGUAGGCCACAGAAUCUCACCCACCCACU